UUGGGUUGUCUUUUGCCCCGAGGGUUUUCACCAAGAUCUUGGCUGCUAUGGCAGCUCAUCUUAGGUCCAUACCUAUUCGACUUUAUUGUUAUUUGGAUGAUAUUUUAAUUUUAUCAUCGUCAGAGUCAAUGGCCAGAAGGGAUUUACAGAUUGUAGUUCAGACUCUUUCUUUACAUGGCUUCUCUAUUAAUAUAGAGAAAAGUCAUUUGACCCCCUCAACCUGUUUACUUCACUUAGGAGCAAAUAUUGAUUCCAUAUUAGGUAGAGUCUCUUUAUCUCAGGAGAGACAGAGUAGUUUAAGAUCUUUAGCUGGUUCUUUAAUAAAGGAAAGCAGAGUUUCCUUGCUGUCAUUAUCCCAACUCCUGGGAAAGAUGAUUUCAACCAUUUCCAUCGUUCCAUGGGCGAGAUUUCAUACUAGAGACCUCCAGUGGUUCCUGUUGCCAUUCCAAAGAGCGGGCACAGGCAAUUCCACUUCCAAAGUCCUACUGCCCAAGGAGGUUCGCAAGUCCUUCUUCUGGUGGUUGUCAUCGGCGAUUUCCAAGGGAUCUCCUUUGCACGAGCCUCAUCGUUUGGUGGUAACUACGGAUGCCAGUCUUUUCGGUUGGGGUGCACACCUCAAAUCGCUGCUGGCUCAAGGGAGCUGGUCCAUCACUGAACGCCGUUUUCCUAUCAACCGGCUAGAGCUACGGGCUAUUUAUCUAGCUCUUUGUUUUUUCCAGAACCAUCUAUCAGGCAAGCAUGUACUGGUGCUCACGGACAAUAUCACAGCCAAGGCUCAUGUCAACCGACAAGGGGGCACCAGAUCCAAGUCCUUGAUGAAGGAAGCAAGGACCCUAUUCCUGUGGGCAGAACGGAAUCUUCUGUCCUUGACUGCAGAACACAUCUCAGGGGUGUCCAAUAUUCAGGCAGACUGGCUCAGUCGUCAAGUCAUCGACCAGGCGGAGUGGCGUCUGCAUCCAGAUCUGUUCAACGACCUCUCACGUCGAUUUGGCACUCCAGUGGUGGACAUGUUCGCAACACGGCAGAACACGCAGCUUCCUCGUUUCUUUGCCAGGUUUCCAGAUCAUCUAGCAGAGGGAGUCGAUGCUCUUCGCAGUCCAUGGCCAGAGGGGUUACUCUACAUGUUCCCGCCUCUCUCAAUCAUUCCGAGAGUGGUCUGUCGGAUUCUGGAGGAACAGGCAGAGGUCAUCUUAAUCGCCCCUCACUGGCCUCGGAGGUCUUGGUUCGCAGAUCUCAAGUCGCUGUCAGUGGCUGCCCCCUGGAGGAUUCCUCCCAGCAGAGUGUCAUUAUCUCAAGGGGCUCUGGUUCAUUCAGAUCCUCUAUGGCUCCAGUUGACCGCCUGGCGCUUGAGCGGGGCGCCAUGAGAAGAGACAAUAUGUCUGCCAGGCUUAUCCGGACUAUGUUAGCGUCCCGGAGGCCUUCCACUGAGCGCAUUUACUCAGCCUCUUGGCGGGCUUUUUGUUCCUGGUGUCAAAGGGCGGGGGUUUCUCCACUCCGGGUUUCCAUUUUGCAUAUAUUGGAAUUUUUGCAGGAAGGGUUAGACAAGGGGUUAUCUUCCAACACACUUCGUAGACAGGUAGCAGCUAUUUCCACGGUUUUAUCCUGUGAUCCACUGACUUCCUUGUCUCAACAUCCUUCUAUCAGGAGGUUUUUCAAAGGGGCCAAAAAUUUAUGUCCUCCCGUGGUCCACAGAUAUCCCACUUGGGAUCUUUCGCUGGUCCUAAAUUCCCUAACAGGGCCUCCUUAUGAGCCAUUGAGGUCUACCUCUCUGAGGCUAUUAACUUGUAAGGUUGCCUUUUUGGUGGCUAUCACCUCUGCCAGAAGGAUUUCAGAAUUAGCUGCCCUCUCUGUCCGCAGUGAUCUUUGUGUUUUCCAUCCGGAUCGAGUAGUGCUCCGUUUGGAUCCUUCAUUCAUUCCUAAAGUAAAUUCAGUUUUCCAUCGCAUGCAGGAACUUAAUUUGCCUAAUUUUUGCCCUCACCCAGUCCACGGGUUAGAGCGCCGUUGGCAUACUUUAGAUGUUCGAAGAGCUUUGAGAAUUUACAUUAAGAGAACAGCAGAGUUAAGGAGAACAGAGUCCUUGUUUGUGUCUUUCCUUCCUGUUUCUUUAGGGCGUAAAGUGACAUCGUCCACUAUAGGCAGAUGGAUUAGGCAUACGAUAGCUAAGGCUUACGAGAUG